AUGAGAGGUUUAAACAUGGAGUAUUACCAGCCAAUAAUGGUUAUGGUGUUAAUACAGUUUAUAUAUUCAGGUAUGACUCUAGGCACAAGAAUUGGACUUUUGGAGGGUAUGAGCCCAAGGGUAUUUGUGGUAUACCGUCAUGCUUUUGCAACCAUUUUUCUUGCUCCCAUUGCUUAUUUAUCUGGGAGAAACUCUGCCUCCUAUUCCUUAAACUUAAGGAGUUUUUACCUGAUAUUCUUGACCUCACUAAUUGGUAUUACAUUGAAUCAAAAUUUAUAUUUUGAGGGUCUAUAUCUGGUUCCUUCUUCAAUUGCAAGUGCCAUGACCAAUCUUAUUCCAGCAAUCACAUUUGUAAUAGCAUCCUUUGUAGGAAUGGAGAAAGUCAACAUUCAAAGUUUGAGAACUAUAGCCAAAAUUGUGGGAACACUAAUAUGUGUUAGUGGAGCAGUGUCCAUUGCAUUGUUAAAGGGUCCAAAACUACUAAAUGUAGAAAAAAUACCUUCAAAAUCAACCAUGGACACAAUCUUGAGAAGUGAUGAAUAUGAUGAUAAUUGGUUGCUUGGAUGUUUGUAUCUUUUGGGAAGUAAUGUUGCCUAUUCAAUUUGGAUCAUUUUGCAGGUUCCAGCUUAUGCAAGCCAUCCUAAUUAUAUAUCACUUUCAGCAUGGAUGUGUUUAAUGACAACAUUACAAUCAUUAGUAGUGACACUAUUUUUGGAGCCAGACCUAAAUUCAUGGAAAAUUAAUACUCUACUUCAAUUUGUUUGCAUUUUAUAUUCGGGAAUUAUGGGGUCUGGAGUAUCAUUCUUUCUCCAAGCAUGGUGCAUUUCAAGGAGAGGACCUCUCUUUUCUGCUAUGUUUGCUCCUGUUUUCACAUUAUUUGUGACUGUAAUGGCUGCCUUGUUGCUUCAUGAAGAAAUAUACAUUGGAAGCUUGAUAGGUGCAAUUGGAGUGGUCAUUGGUUUGUAUAUUGUUCUUUGGGGUAAAGCUGAAGAUGUCAUAGAGAAGACAGAAAUUUUUGACAAUGAAUCUUGUGGAAAAACACAUUCCAAAAUUGAUUUAGAAGAGCCUCUUUUAAUCGAUGAAUCUACAAUACACUAGUAUUAUUGAAUGAUAAUAUAUAUGAAAGGACUUUGUAGUUGUACUAGCUAGCUAGAAUAAAUGAAUCUCACAAGGUAAUGCUCAGUUUUUAGGAAGAAACACAAUAAUGAUUGUGAGCAGUUAAUUCUCUCACCAAUAUUGAAUGACUUUAUGUUUUAUUUGAUGUUGGGUCGAGAAAUUCGGACAAAAAAUUGUCAUG